AUGUGGCGCGGCUGCGUGUCGCGGGGCCUCCGGAAGGUCAAGGCCGCCGCCUCGGCCUCCAGGCUCUUCUCCACGAGUUCGUCCUACACGGUGGUGGAUCACACCUACGAUGCUGUUGUGGGAGGCAUAAAUGCUGCUCUUGGCAACAUGAGUGAAGAUGACUGGAGAUGGCAUAUGUAUGAUACAGUCAAAGGAAGUGACUGGUUGGGCGACCAAGAUUCUAUUCAGUAUAUGUGCAGAGAGGCACCAAAAGCUGUUAUAGAACUUGAGAACUAUGGCUUACCAUUUUCCAGAACCGAAGAUGGAAAAAUUUAUCUGAGCCUUUGGUGGCCAAAGCUUAGAUUUUGGAAAAGGAAACUCGGUAUUGAUGUUUACUUUCUUCAAAAACUGCCAUUGAUUCUUUUUUCAGGCACCUGCCAAGGGGUAAUUGUGCUAAACAUGGAGGAUGGUACCCUUCAUCGUUUUCGUGCUGCAAAUACAAUUCUAGCCACCGGAGGUUAUGGUAGAGCCUACUUCUCAGCAACUUCAGCUCACACAUGUACUGGUGAUGGCAAUGCUAUGGUUGCACGUGCCGGAUUACCCCUUCAGGAUCUUGAGUUUGUGCAGUUCCAUCCUACAGGCAUUUACGGUGCUGGAUGCCUGAUAACAGAAGGUUCCCGAGGUGAAGGUGGUAUUCUUCGGAACAGUGAAGGUGAGAGAUUUAUGGAACGAUAUGCUCCAACUGCUAAAGAUCUUGCAUCUCGUGAUGUUGUUUCGAGAUCGAUGACAAUGGAAAUUAGGGAGGGCCGUGGUGUAGGACCGCUGAAGGACCAUAUCUACCUGCACGUCAACCAUCUUCCUCCAGAAAUUCUCAAGGAAAGGCUUCCUGGUAUAUCUGAAACUGCUGCGAUUUUUGCUGGUGUUGAUGUCACCAAAGAGCCGAUUCCUGUUUUGCCUACUGUGCACUAUAACAUGGGUGGUAUCCCGACAAAUUAUCAUGAGGAGGGUGGUGAUCCAGAUGCACUUGUUCCUGAUCUGAUGGCUGCUGGGGAAGCUGCUUGUGCAUCCGUUCACGGCGCUAACAGGCUUGGAGAGAAGCAGAAACCUCUUGGAAAAGGUGUCGGAGAAAAUACUAUCGCUUGGAAUUCAGACUUGAUUGAGACCAUAGAAUUGGAAAACCUGCUAAUAAAUGCAUGCAUAACCAUGUAUUCAGCAGAGGCUCGCAAAGAGAGCAGAGGAGCUCAUGCCCGUGAAGAUUUUUCGACAAGAGAUGUUGAGAACUGGAUGAAGCACACCCUAGGGUAUUGGGAGAACGAGAAGGUUAGACUAGCCUACAGGCCUGUUCACAUGAAUACCUUGGACGAUGAAGUUCAGUCUUUCCCACCGAAAGCACGUGUUUACUAA